UGCAGGGGAAGGUUUAGGCAGCGGUCUCCAUCCCCAGACUUCCGGUGGCAGUCCUCGGGAUCGGGGUGCUGUCGCUAUGGAGGAACCAGAGAUGCAGCUCAAGGGGAAGAAAGUCACGGACAAGUUUACCGAGAGCAUCUAUGUCUUGGCCAAUGAGCCGUCGGUGGCCCUGUACCGCCUGCAGGAGCACGUGCGCCGUUCACUGCCUGAGCUGGCCCAGCACAAGGCCGACAUGCAGCGAUGGGAGGAGCAGAGCCAGGGCGCCAUCUAUACAGUGGAGUAUGCCUGCAGCGCCGUGAAGAACCUUGUGGACAGUAGCGUCUACUUCCGCAGCGUGGAGGGUCUCCUGAAACAGGCCAUCAGUAUCCGGGACCACAUGAACGCCGCCACCCAGGGCCACAGCCCUGAGGAACUGCCCCCGCCCUCUUCCACCUGAACCCAGAAGAGACUCGGAGGUGCUUCGGCCCCUCCAACCCAGGCCCCGCCCAACCUCCUGCCUCAGGUACCGCCUCAUCAGGGCGACCCUGCAGCCCUGGGGGUCUCUCAGACCUCACCCUGACCCUCGCCCCCCAGCCUGACUAAAGCUGGGCCCUUGGACGCAGCCUUGUGGUACCUGGCAGGGAAUGAAGACUGAGCACGUGUGGCCAGCACAUUUCUCCUGCUCCUGACCAGAGCCUCCAGGCCAGCCAUGAAUGUCCUGAGACAAGGCUUUGCUGCCCCUGGAUUCUUACCUGCCCCGCAUCGGCAUGGACACAGCUGUGGCCCCUUGGACCAAUAAUUGCCACCAUGAUAAUCCCGAGCAUGCACCCAGUAUGUGCCCAGCACUGCACUGGGGGCAAGGGUCACCUGUCAUCCUCAGACAGCCCUGUAGGGCAGGUGUCACCCCUAAAUACAGAUGGGAAAAGAGAGGCUCUGAGAGGUUACAUGACGUGUGCAAGGUCACACAGCUAGAGAAAAGUGGACCCUGGCCUGGUUUGGUCCCAGCUCUGCCUCUGACAUGCUAUGUGACAUAUGCUUACCCUCUCUGGUCCUCCAUUUCUCCAUCAGGACAAGGGAGGCUGGCCUGGACCUUCUCUACAAGCUGAGGUGGACAUUCAUGCACCUGCCUACCUGGCCUGCUUCCUGCCUUGAGGAAAAAUGCCCAGCCCAGGCUCAGGUCAUACAGAGACCACCUCUAGCUGCAGGGGUAGAUGGCCAGCAAAUCAGAGCCCCUCAUCUCCCAGGUCACAGUGACUGGUUUGAGAUGGGCGUAUGACCCAAUGAGAGUUCUUCCCUGAGAAUUUUGCUGGAAGCGUGGGAAAGUUAGCAUCUUCUCAUCAGGGUUGUUGAGCUGGGCGGACGGAAGGGGAUACCUGAGAACAUUGCAUGGGGCCCUGGAUCCAGCUGUACCUGACACCAGAAAAUCUCAAAUUUUUAGUUUCAUGAGUCCCUGAAUUACUAUAUUUGCCAAAA